GAUGUCGCCUGACAGUUUUUGCAUGGCAACAAAUUGGAAAUUGGAGUAACUGGAAAAAUACAAAUUCAGCUUCUCUGAUGUGCCAAAUAUUUCACCUUGUAACCUUCAAAAGAAGUUAAAUAGUUUUUAAAGAUACUAUCGAUUGUGUUUUCUGUGAAAAUGCUGAUACACAGGGAUGCUAAACGGGUGCUGAACGGGUGCUGAACGACAACCGAAUCAAGUGGCUACUUAUUUAAUAUUGUGAUUAUCCAGGCGACUCAGGCUGUGGGAAUGGCGAGUCAGUUACAAGGAUCAUAUGAAGAACAAGAAGAACGGAAAAACAAAAGCGAAUCUCUGACCCUCAUCGAUUUAGAUGAUAAUGAUGAUGAUGAUGAAAGUGCUGACUGUGGGUUUGUAUCGCCAAGGCAACUAACCAAGAUAAAUUUCCGGUCCUUAAUUGGUCAUACCGAUGAGGUAAUUAUCGUUGAUACUUAGUAAUCAUAGAUUAAUGAGGGCGUUCGAGUUUUCUUUGCUCCAGAUUAGCUUUUGUACCGUCAAUUAUCAUUUCAAAAUAGGGAAACGAUCAUGAAAACUUUUUUGACAAAGUAAACAUUCUCUCGUCAAUGCUCUUCGCAUAGACGGCUUCAGAUUUCGACAUGUCUUACUCUCCCUCAAGUAUGGUCUAUAAAAAUUUGAAGUAGAUUGUAAAAAGGUUAUAUGGCAAUAAGUUUCAACCUCCGUUUAAAAGUUCAAAUAAUAUUAGAGCUAAUGGUGCACUCAAUUCAUGCAGGGUCCGUUAGUCUUUCUUUAGCCUUUGGAAUACUCGGCAAUCCCAUUAAAGACACCCUUUCACCGCAACUUGAUAUAAACCAGAUGUUCCUCAUGAUCCAUGUUAUCUGUAUUGGGUUCUCAUGUCACGGCUGAUCUUUUGCUUCAUAAGACGUAUUGAAUAUAGCCGUUUUCCUUGUGGUUUUCACUUUGUUACACGGCAGUUGAAAGGUUUAUAAUGCACAUUCAACAGGUGUCAAGCUUCGGCACCAAAUCUUAAAUGAACUCCCCAACCGUGAAAUGUCUUUUAUACCGUCAAUUAUCAUUUCAAAAUAGGGAAAAGAUCAUGAAAACUUUUUUGACAAAGUAAACAUUCUCUCGUCAAUGCUCUUCGCAUAGACUGCUUCAGAUUUCGACAUGUCUUACUCUCCCUCAAGUAUGGUCUAUAAAAAUUUGAAGUAGAUUGUAAAAAGGUUAUAUGGCAAUUUAAUGGUUAUAUUUUGUCAAAAAGAUAAACAUAUCACUACAAACUUCAAAAGCAUGGUAGCCUCGAAUAUUAUAAUCCUGGCUUCUUGUGUGACACAACUUAAGUUAUUCAAAAUGACACAGAAAAUGCAGACGUAUGACGAGAAUCGCUUGCUGAAAAAGUCACCCUUGAGUAGGCCUAGAUACAAAAUCCAGACAUUGUCUGCUGCAGUACAAAAGUUUGUACUCAUGCAACCAUCAUUCCCUGAUUUUCACUACUGACUACGAUGGUAAUCAACAGCACAAUGUCCUCAAUGUCUACAUAUAUACAUUGAGGUAACUUUAAUGCUCACAGCCAACAUGGUCAUUAGUGUUAAGUAUUUACAGCUUUGAAUGGUACUUUGGUACUUUUGUGCUGGUGGAAGUUGUCGUGUUUUUGGCCUCUUAGAGUCCAUUAAUGAGUUCAUUAUUUGAAAGCUGAAUCUUUCAGUACAAUAUUAAUGUAGUCAUAGAUUUCAGAUUCAUGAUCUCUGUAUUGCUGCAUUCAUAAUGAGCAGUGAAUUCACACGCGAGAUAUGUUCUGAAAUUUUGCCAGCUCAGCUUUCUUCAAUUUGAUAUCAUAUAUUAUCUUCAAAGCAAAUUGAUCCAUCUCAAGAUUUUUCUCCUGUGUUGAAUUAAGAGAAGUUCUUCAAUUCUAUGUCCUGUACUUUACUUGUACUUCAGUUGAAAAUGGUGUAAUUAUGUUUUUUUUAGGUCAAUACUUGUGCAUUUUCUUCAGACUGGUCAAAAAUUGUGACUGGUGGAGAUGAUAUGCUGGUUAAGUUAUGGGACACCAAUACAGGAAAAGUUUUAUUCACAUUAGAUAGUCAUGAAGGUAAAACCUGAAAUAAUGCAGUUGUUUACGUUACAAUCUAUCAAAAUGUGUUGGCUUUAUUGGCUUCUUACUCACUCAUUCAGUCAGUUGAACAGGUGUAUGGAAAGAGGCCUUAAGUGAAUCUUGAUUUCUUAGAAGUAUUUUUUGUAGACACUCUUUCUAUUGUCCUCAUACACAGUUCUUUCCACUGUUGGAGUAGAUUGCAUGGCUAGCUGAACGCUACCUAAGUAUGAUGUUGAUUGCAACUUUUUGACCUCUUUCUUCUUAAUUUUCUCCGUAAUUAAAAUGGCAUUAGUGUUCAUUAUUAGCUGUAGCACUGUGGCACCAGGUGCCUUGGUACAUUUAUGUACAUUUGGUGCAGUCAAGUUCAUUAAUACCACAAAAAAUUGGUGAGAAUUGAAAUCACAUAUAGCUAUAUAAUUAUUAUGCUGUUAUACUGAUAAGCCCACACAGUGUAAUUGACUUUUGGCUGAUGAGGAUGGUAAUCAGUUGUAAUAUCAUGAUAAGUGACUAUUGUGAGACAAUCAGAAGCUGAUCAGCACACUGUAUGUCUAGAUAGAGAUCUGUGAACUGUAAGAAAAUUCUACCUUCAGAUAAUUUACAUGUAUGAUUGAUGUUUUGUGUUUGCUGGACAGGUGCAAUAAAGUGUGUGUGCUUUUCAUCAGAUGGAAAAAUGUUUGCUUCAGCCUCCUAUGAUCACACUGUCAAAAUUAUGAGUUCUACAACUGGAAAAGAGCUUUACAGUCUUGAAGGUGUUGAAAACUGAAGUAAUUUUAUGUUUGUUGAGGGAAAUAUAUAUCAAUAAUAGUUUAUAAUUUAUCAUGUGUUUAAUUUCACUCUCCCUGGACAGAAAAUUAUACACAAACUGUACAAAGAUCCAUCAAUAAUUUUGUUCAUUUGUGAUAAAAAAGGUAAUUAUUAUAAAAUUGUUGUGUUUUAUACCAAAAAGGUAUUUGGUGUGUGAGCUGAACAUGGGAGAUUAAUUGAAGCAUUAGUAAUAAUAAUUAUUGGAUUUGGCUUUUGUGGGAUCUGAAGAGUUAUGGAGAUCACGGAGGGUGUUGUCCACCUUGGUCUCAGCAGAGAAAGAGAGACUAAGGGAUGCGAUGGCAACGGAGCAACUGUUAGGGUUACACUCUGUGAUUGUAAGAAAGCUUUUGAUCUCAUAGACCAUAGGAUUCUUGUUAAUAAGUUAUGCAAAUUAGAUCUGCUGCCUGAAAUAAUCAAUUGGAUCAUAGAUUUCCUAAGUGAUCGUUCCCAGAGAAUCAAACUCUCGAGGGAUGUUACUCCAAGUGGGGUUCAGUCCUGUCCGGGGCACCCCAGGGGACGAAACUAGGCCCGAGGUUGUUUUUGGUGCUCAUCAACGAUCUAGAAAUCAAUAAUGCAGGCAAUAUCUGGAAGUAUGUUGAUGAUACAACUACAUCCGAGAUCGUUGUGAAAGGAGCCAGUAGCAAUUCUCAAUUGAUUGCAGAUACUGUCGUGCAGUGGUCUUUUGAGAAUAGAGUAAAACUAAACAGUGAAAAAUGUAAAGAGCUUAGUAUUUCAUUUGCAAAGAACAAACCACAACUCGCGCCUAUAGUAGUAAAUAAUCAAGGGCUAGAAUGUGUUGAAAGCGCCAAAUUACUAGGUGUUACAAUCUCCAACAACCUUACAUGGAAUAUGCACAUUGAUCAAAUCAUAAAGAAAGCCUCCAUACGUAUGUAUUUCCUAAUACAAUUGAAAAGGGCCAAUGUUGCAAGGCAUGAAUUAAUUCUUUUUUACACAUCUUGUAUAAGGUCAGUCAUGACCUACACAUUGCCUUCGUUUUUCUAUGCCCUGCCAUUGUAUUUAAAGAAAGAUCUAGAGAAUGUAGAGAAACGGGCACUAUCAAUCAUUUUGCCGGGACUGGCCUAUAGAAAGGCCUUAGAGCUUUCAAAUUUUAUGUCUAUCAAUGACUACAUUGCUAGCUUAUGUAAAAAGACCUUCCUCUCGAUUGCUAAUGACCCGGCCCAUCUCUUACAUAACAUGCUUCAAUCGUCAGGUCCAUCGUGUUAUAAUCUUCGGUGCAAAAGGCGUUUUGCGAUUCCCAAAUGUAAGACCAAGCAUUUCAAAAACAGUUUUUUAGUAAGAUCAUGUAUUGAUAACGAAUUUUAGUGCUUGGUGAGUUUUGUAAAUGAGAUCAAUGACGUUGUAUAUAUUUUAACAGUUUUAAGCUUUUUUAUAUUUAUAGGAUGUUAUUAUUUAUUUAGGACUUUAUCAUUAUCAUUUUAUUAUACUCACUAUUGUAAGAUUCUGUUAACGGUAUAUCAUAUUAUAUAUUAUAUUGUAAAUACACAAUUCAGCUUAGUAGCUGCAAGCUUUUUACAAAUAAACUAUCUAUCUAUCUAUCUAUCUAUCUAUCUAUCUAUCCAUUCCUAAUAUGGUUUCCACUUUGGCUCAUGGACAGUGACAAAACUAAACAUUGGAAUAACAUUGUUGUAUUAUUCAUUGAAAAUAAUUGUCAUCUGUGAAGUUGUACUCUUUAAUUGCUUUUCCUGCUAUGUUUUUAGGCAGUAGUUCAGCUAUUUCUUCUUUGCAAAACAUGUGAAAUGUUCCACAAUGUGUCCUACUUUUCCUGCACCUGCACCUGCACCUAUCCCACAGUCAAUGACCGUUGGGCCACCACAGACAUAGCAACCCUCUCCCUCCAUUUGAUUUUGUUUUCAGCUUCUCUUACAGCAUUGCAAAACUUCAACCCUGUCCACUCAGAGAUAUUAUUCUCCCAACGCUUCUUUUGUUGGCCCCUUCUUCUCCCUCCUUGCACUGUUCCUUCAGGGGCACCCAACGAGGAUAUAGUUCAAAACCACUUAACAUAGCAUUGUUGAAAGUAUUUUAGUAUAUAAACGGUAGAUAUAGGCAUAUUUUUAUCCCCUAAAAACUUUUUAUCUGUUCGUAUUUCCUAGCUGAAAGUCAAGUGAUCCGAAAGUUAUAGGGAUAAAAACUUAGGUUCUCGAAAAUUUCAGCCAGGAAAAGGCUCCCGAAAAUUCUAGGUGGCCUUUUUUAGGGUCAAAAUCCGUUGAAAAUGGGCAAUUAUACCAUUUUGUAGAUGUUCGAAAAUCCUAGGAGAGGUAGGCGAGCAAGAAAUUUUACAACAAAUGUUCCGAAAAUUCUAGAUCUCAAAUCAUCUUCCGAACAGAUUUUUUCCGAAAAUUGCCGCUGGGUGCCCCUGUUCCUUGUAAAAUUGUCUUUGCAAGCCCUGAUGAUCUUGAUACAUUCCCAAAUCACUUUAACUUGCGUUUCUUUACCGUGGUUAAGAUAUCAUCAUAGUGCCCAAUGGCUUGCCUGAUUCUGUCUCUGACUGCAUCGUUAGUGAUGUGAUCUCGGUAUGAGAAUAUUGCCAAUUUCUUCAGGAUGUCCAGAGUCAAUGUCCAGGUUUUGUAGGUGUACAAUAGUACUGAGAUACAAGGGAGCACAUUAGUCUGAUCUUUGAGCUCAGAGAGAUAUGCUUAUCAUUCCAGAUGGUCUUCAGUCUCACUAGUGCUGCUGUUGUCUGUGCAUUUCUGGACAGUACUUUAGGCUUGGAACCAUGAUCUGUGAUGACUGCACCCAGAUCCUUGAAGCUGUCAACCUCGUACAAUUUUUUACCGUUGAUCCUGAUGUCAAUGCUGUUGCCAUUCGCGUUAUUGGUCAUCAGUUUGGUCUUCUCUGCAUAAUUUCCAUGCCAAAGGCUGCAGAGGUCUUAUCCAGGCGAUCCACCAGGGAGGCUAGUUCCUCCUCUUUUCCUGCCAGGCCAUCAAUGUCAGUAAAGCGUAAGUUGGUAAUUGUUUUGCCUCCAAUGCUGACUGUUCCUUGGUGAUCUUCUAGUGGGUCAGUCAUAAUUCUCUCCAGAAAGAUGAUGAAUAGAGUUGGUGAGAGUAGACACCCUUGUCUGACUCCGACUGUGGUUCUGAACCAGUCUCCUAUGUCACCGUUAAGGUAGACUACACUAGUGGCCUUGUUGUAGAGGUUUUUAAUGACUUGGAUCAGGUCGGAGUUAAUGUUUUAAAGCCUCAUAGUAGACCAAAUUAGGGCUUUAUGCCAUACUCUGUCAAACGCCUUUUUAAAAUCAGUAAAGACGUGAUAGAGGUCUUGUUGAUGUUGGAGGUACCUCUCGCACAGUAUCCUAAGAUUAAAGAUCUGUUCUGUCGUACUGCAACCUGAUCGGAAGCCUGCCUGUUCCUCUGAGAUGAUUGAUUCUGCCUGAGGCUUCAGCCUAUUUAACAGCACCUUCAGCAGGACUUUACUUGGGUGACAUAUCAGGCUGAUUGUGCGAUAGUUCUUGCUAUGUUGAAGGUUGCCUUUCUUGGGAAUAGUGAUGAUAAGAGACUGGGUCCAUGGUAUGGGCCACUCUCCUGUCUGCCAUAUCUUAUUGCAGAUUUUAGCGGAGCUCUCGCGCGCGAAGCGCGCGCAGCGGAGCACCAUGGGUAAGAAAAUGUGGUAAUCUACCCAUCCGAGAAAAUUUGGUAAUCACGUGACCGUACGCCCGAUCGUCCGUCCUCACCACAGGCAUACCAAUGUUAAUUAACUCAAUCAACAGGUAUGGCAACUCAAAUGCAACUCAAGGUUAUUUUGGCGGGAAAUCGCAUAGCCACCCGCGUCUUGUAAAGCAGAGGCAGCUAAAGAGUCAAUAAAGACGAAACCAAAAAGCAGAAAUUGUUUCUCUAGCCGUGUUUUCUGAAGUAUUAUGCUUCGAUUAAUUGUCAUGUCCACAAAUUUGGAAUAUAGAGCAAGAGAAAGGCAGAGAAAAAGAGAAAAGCGGCAGGCCAGCGAAACUCAAAGAGAAAAAGGGCGACAGAGAUUUAGAGCGAGAGAUAAAAAGCAAAGGAGACAUUUUUUUGUUGGAAGAACAACAUGAACAUUUUGUAGCUGCGGUGACUAUGUUAGCGGCCACCAAUGCAAGGAGAAAAUGAGCGGCAGUGAAAAAAAAGUGAACGAGAACACGUACGACAUUUCCUCCAUACAAAAGUUUCAGGAAGUUUCACGUUGUAGUCGUGCAAAACAACGGCAAAGAAAUGUACAAAAAAAGUUUGCUGCACUUGCAAAGUUGCUUUUUUGCUAAUUAGACCUAUUGCUGUUUUUUCACCGUUCUCCGGCGUUGCCUUCGCCGCUUAGCAUUACACGAGAGAGCUUCGCUUUUAGCCCUGGCUAAAUCUAUAUAUUACGCAAGGCACCUAUCACGGCAUCUCCUCCUGCCUGUACCAGCUCUCCCGGGAUAUUGUCUAUCCCUGUAGAUUUUCCCUUCUUGAGCGAUUUCACAGCUGCUUUAUCCUCUUCCCGCAAGAUUGGGUAGUUGUCGGUGUGGGUAACUAGUGGGACAGUCAGCACCUCAGAGUCACCUAUGACUGUGUGGCUGUACAGUUCUACACGGUAUUCUGUCCACCUUUCUAGAAUGUCGUUGGUUUCGGUGAGGCAAUUCCUUUCUUUGUCCUGUAUGGUGUUGGUUUUUGCUUGUUUGGUGCUAGUUAGAGUUUUAACUAGCUGAUAUGCUUUCUUGCUAUUGUUCUUCCUGAUGUUAUCUUCAAUAUCUUGACACUGUUAACUUCAAUCCAAGACUCUUUUGCCUUUUUUAUGCUCUUCUGAAUUUCCUGUUUAAUUGCUCUGUAAAUUCUUGCCCCUUCUGCUGUCUCGUGUCUCCCCUUCUUUAAUGCUCUUCGUUCGUUGCAUAGAUCCAGUAUGCUAGUCGUGACCCACUGUCUUUUGACUGCUCCGCGUUUGCCUAAAAUUUCACUAGCUGUUUCAGUCAUUGCUUUAUUGAAGGAGUUUUACGAGUCUGUCCACUUCUGUGUCAUCUGCAUUGAGCAAGGUAAGUGGUGCAAAUUUACCACCAAUCAUUGCCUGGAAGACAUCUGCAACUUGAGGGUCUCUGAGCUUCUCAAGAUCGAACUCAAUCCUUGAGGGGCCCUGCACUUUUAUCUUCUUUAAACGUAGCCGAAAAGACAUCAUCACUAGGUCAUGGUCGCUUCUUAUGUCAGCUCCUGGGAAGCUUCUUUUCUUAGCGGUUUUUACACUGGUCAUGAAGCGCCUCCUAACCAUGAUAUAAUCAAUCUGGUAUAAUAUGAUAUAAUCAAUCUACUUGUCCUACUCUACCAAAAAUCCUUAAAUAAGAAUGACCGAGACCAGGUUUUAUGAGUCAGCGAGACUGAACACCCCACCCAGACCCUUGUUUUCAUUAAAACGGCAGGGUGCUACAACCUGGUUGAGGUCAUUGUUAUCUAAGGUCUUCCCACUCUACCAAAACAACGCCUCAUCCCCAGGGCUUUUCAGCUGCCGUCCAUUUUUCUGGCAUUCAUGCUGUUCUAUUGAUAGCAUUUUCCAAAUAUCGCAAAUGUCUUCCAGAUUUGGUCAACGCUAGCUGGUUAUGAAGAAUUAGCCACUAGAUUUAAGUCAAUCAGAAAUGGGGAAAUAUUUUGAAUGAAUAAUAUGUAUAAUAAUUUGCUCUACGUGUUGGGGAUUUGUAGCAGGGAAGGGGUUUGACUGAACUGACAAAUUCCUUGCCACUUAUCUCCCUUGCAAGCUUAACUCUGAUGUAUGUAAUUCUCUUUUUCUCUAAAGCAGUUACUCUUGCUCUUUACAAUAAUAAAUUUGCUAACCUUUCCUUUGCAGGACACACUCAUAGUGUGGAGACCUGUUGCUUUUCACCAGACUCUAAAUACUUGUGUUCUGGAUCAUGGGACACCUCUGCAGUGGUUUGGAAUUUAAAGGUACAUUCAUUUAACUAUUAUUUUUCGCUCUCAUUCAAAACAAGAUUCAUUGGCUAAAUCAAGAGCCUUAGCUAGCAGAAGGGGGGGGGGGCAGCUGCCCCUAUGGACCUGUUGAGCCAGACAAAUCAAGACUGUGGAUGGAUUUGUUUUCUUUAGACUCAGUUUAAUUCGAUUGUAGUGACUUCCAAUUGUUUGCAUUUUCAUGGCCGAGGCAUUGGUUGGUCCACGGUGUGUGCAAAUAGUAAGUAAAAGGAAGCAAAACCCCCUAUUGAAAUUGGCGUGUAUAUGUACUAUUUGCAAGGUUCACUGUAACAUUGCAGACGCCUACCGUGAUGUUGCUCUAGCAAAGGAAUGCAUCAGAAAUGCCAGGAAGGAUACAUGCUGGGAAGAGGUCUGGAUGAGAAUAGAGAAAUUUGGCACAGCUGUCAACGUCACCAUGGUGAAACCUUGCACUAAAAACGUCUCAUUGAGCCAAUGCUGCUGGAAAUCGCGUAGAACAGAGUCCAUCCGACUACUACAGGGUUAACGUAAAAGUAAAACGGCAGGGUCUGUGAUGGUAAGUGAGACCGUGUUGGCUAUGCCAUGCUGAAGAGUCCUAACAAGGACGCAACAGCUUUCCAUGGCUGCCACUGCCAGGGUGAUAUGGCUGUGCGCAUGCGUAAGGUACUAGCCAUUCCCCGGGGUUGGUAGUGUGUGCUUCAGUUCAUAUUGUGGUCUUGUUAACGUUUAUUACCCAUUUAUUGAUCAUGGGAAUGUGAAACUAGAAACCAGAUUCUCAGAAGACCACAAAGGACUGAAAGCAGCCCAAAAUCUAGUACCGGUCCACCUGAACGGAAAGUCAAAUUGAUGCGAUCUGCACUUACUACGGCAAGUUUAUGACUUAUGCAGAGAAAGAAGAAGUAGCCAAAUGGAAGAAGAGUUACGAUUCGGUCGCCGUGCAGAACAAACCAGAGACGGCAAUUUGCGAACGAAAAUUAGUUAACCAAACAUCAUGCAGUGUUGUGAAAUGUUUAGUGUACUAGUGCUUGGAUAUACGGUAUGUUUCAAAUUAACAGGACCUCGGAAAUAAGCACUUGUUAACACUGAAAACACCUACAUUUUCACACUUAUUGUCUAGAGGUCGAUUUUUCGGAGACUCUUCUCAUGACAAGUGCUGAAAAUAGCGUUUUGGAGCCUCCAAAUUUGAAAAUGCUCUGGGGAGGAUACCCCCAGAACCCCUACUGACAAGACUCGUGCCUUCGGUACUCGCGAUAUAAUGCCCCCCGUUGCAAAAAAAUCGAGCUACGACCCUGUAAAAUGUUUCACCAGUAUCCUGGACUGAAAAUAAUAGUUUUUGGCUUGAUUCUCACUCCAAAGCUCUCUCCCUACAUUUUAGCCUGUCAGCAAUCUUCAAGUAGAGUUAACUGAACCCGUUUUCUUCGCAUCUUACGUUGUUGGCAGGCGAAGUCUCGGGAAACAAAGCUUGUGGCGACGUAACGUCUUGUGUGACUGUGUAAGCCAAUGUGCGAGUGGCAGUCUCUACUGCACACGGCGCAGAUGAAGUCGGAGGAGGGGAGUUAUUUUUGCGGCGUGCGCGUUUCUUCUCAGCUUUCUUGUGACGUUUCAAGUCUGCUCUCUCGAUGGACUUCUUUCACUGUCCGUCUCCAGCAGGCACGAUCACUCCUAGCAACUUCCAAGUUGUUUGGAUCAAUUUCAAUCAAUUUACUUUCUCCUGUCGUCAAUUGUUCGUGUAGAACGUCUUUGAGGAUGCGUCAAUCAUUCAUGCGAUGAACAUGCCCGAGCCAUCUGAGGCGGCGCUGACUGAGUAGGGAGUACAUGCUGGGGUUCCAGUACGUGACAGUAUCUCACUGUUGGUGACGUGGUCUUGCCACUUGACACCGAGGAUGCGACUGAGGCAUCACAGAUGGAAAGCGUUCAAGUGGGAACGCAUGCCUAGUUGAUGUCCAUUUUGGGCUUUUCAGUCAGGUAUUUACUUUCCCAGGCUGUCUUGGUCAAUUUGGACAUGGUGCCGGUGGCUUUGCUGAUUCUUCGGAAAAUUUCUGAGUCAAGCCUCGAGUUCAUAGAGAUGGUGGAACCGAGGUAAGUGCCUUCGUCGCCUACCUCGAUAGUGUGGUCGCCGAUUUUGAUUUGAGGGGCUUGGGCACUGCGCACUCACAUUGGUUUUCUUGAGACUGAUUGUGAAGCCAAAGGUAGACGCGGUGAUGAGGAUGGGCAUGCAGUCUUGUGAGGAGCACGCGGAAGAAGACUUUGCUGACAAUGCUCUUGAGAGAGAUGCCUUGAUAGUUGUUAUAUUCUGAGCGGUCGCCUUUGUUCUUGUCAGGCGUGAUGAUGGUGGCGUCACGCAUGUCUUGUGGCACGGUGCCUUCCAGCAGAGACAGAGCAGCUCGUUAAGGAGCUGAACGUGGGAUGCCAGGAGCUUUCCCGUUUGAGAGCGCAUCUAUGGCCUUUCUAAGCUCUUCAAUGUUAGGUUUAGCGUCAAGCUUGUCCAUAACUGGGAAUGGGGUGAUAGAGUUAAAGGCAGCAUCGGUAACCAAAGUCUCACGCAGAUAGAGUUCAGAGUAAUGUUUCACCAUCUGUCCUUUUGUUCCUUGGGGUCUGUAAUGGGUUCACUGGACUUUGUUUUGAGGGGGAAGUUUUUUCUUUUCUGAAGGACCUAAAACUUUGUGGAUGCCGUCGUACAUGCAUCUGAUGUUGCCGAAGUGUGUGGAUAGCUGUAUUUCGUUGGCACAACGUCUGGCAGCCCUCUGAGCUGCACUGCGAGCUGCGCGGAGCGCUGUCAGAGUUUUCUCACACGGGGUCUUAUAGUUUAAGAGAGCUUGUUGUUGGGCCUCAAUAAGGGACUUCAUGAGCGUUGAACGAGUCAUGUCUGGGCCUCUUUAUUUUACCGAAUUCCAACAUGGCCAAAGAGUGAAUGGCUUCCCACAUGAAGUUCCAUCUGGAGGUGGCAUCCUGACCCUGGGGGUCCUCGAGGGCUUUCUCUACCUCACUGAGAAAUUUGCGGUGAUGCUCUGAGUGCCGUUGAGCUUCUUUGGCUGCAGUCUGAUGUGUCUGCACAUCAGGAAAUGAUCAGUAUCGCAGUCGGCGCUGUGGUUGCUGCAAGUAGAGAGAACGCUGCUUCGUCUGGUCAUAACUAGAUCAAGCUGGUGCCAUCUGCGGGACCAAGGAUGUUUCCAUGUAAUAUGAUGUUGCAACUUGCAAGGUGUUGGUUAUGCACAGAUUGUGCAUGGGGCAAAGUUCCAAAAGUCUUUGUCAAUUUUCGUGCAUACUGCAGGAAACCGUGAUGUUCAAGACAAGGGGACCAGGCUUCGUAAAUUCCAGCUUGAGAUACAAAGGGCUGGAGACUUCUUGGUUUUCUGUCUUGAUUUGUCCGGUGCAAGACUGAUCCACUUGUCGUGCAGCGAGUUAUUAGGCCCUAAGCACCGAUCCAGGCAAGGCGGAUCUUGGUGGGUCAGCCCUUAACUGACUGGGGGCUGCCCAGCUAGAGGUAGGCGGUAGCUGACCUGUGAGACACAAUGACUUUUCCCACGGUCGAAGGCUCUCCGUGGCGUUCUCAUCUACAACAAUCGUGGUUGGACUUAUAACUCGUAACUACGAGCCUUCGUUGUUAUGUCGACACUGAAACAAAGCCGGCGUGACCUCUCUGGGGCAUAUCCGUGGGCAGUUGAUAUGGAGACCCUGGGUUGCCCGGUCAUUAGAGUCCCCCUCUCGGCCGCACUGGUGGGAUCCAAAGGAGUGCUGAGCACCAAUUUAGCUGCAGGAGCUGUCAGAGGGGCAUCCAUUGGACUGUCAAUCCACCGUAGGGGCUCCACUUUGGAUGUCUGUAGGGUUUACUCCGUAACCUUGUCCUCUCCCUAGACAACCUCACAAGGCAGUUAGGGACCGCAUCUUACCUACAUUAUUAAAUGAAAAUAAAAGAAGUGGCCUUUAUUACAGUUUGGCUCGUGGGUAUGAGUAAAUGACUAAAGCACAUCAUUGGAAACUAUUUAAUAAGUGUAUGUCUAACGGCAAUAACAUUGUCUUCGAAAAAUGCAAAAGAAAAAAUGAAAAAUUUGAUUAGCUACCUGUAGGUCAGUACAACUGUAGAUGUAUGUCAUAUAUCAUUAGAUACACACUUGAAGCACAAUGUGUUUUCUUUCUGAUAUUAGACAGGUACUGCAGCAUUUGUUUUGGAUGGUCACAGAAAUGUUGUGCAGUCUUGUGCAUUCUCUGUCGAUAGUUCAACUGUGGUAAGUUUCUGUUGCCCUUGACAUAUAAUCUUCAAGUGUUUUUUAAUGUCCUUUUGGAUGUUUAAAUUCCGUAUGACCAACCAUGAUGUAAUUGAUGUUUUAAUUCAAGUCAGAAGUUCAUGGCUAUGACCUGCAGUUAAUGUCAGUGUUGAACAAGAGGUGAUAUAACCAGUCUUGCUUGUUUAUAUCAGUUAGCUAGACUUCGUCAAUCCAGAAAGACACAAAAGGUUGGGUUUUUCUUAUUAAAAAUUUCUGGAACAAGAAACAAACAACAGAUCAUUGAAAAAAAGAGUUAUUUUUCGAGAUUUUUUUUGAAAUGAACAAGUACUAUCCUAACGCAGUUUUAUUAGAGCCAAAUGUAAGCAUUAAUUUACUUAGUGGCAGACAUUAUCAUCAACGCUGUUAAUCUCCUACAAUGGAGAGUCAGUCUUGUAUUAAGUGGUAUAAUGUAUUUUGCUUUUACCAGGCAACAGGCUCUUGGGACUGUACAGUUCGUUUGUGGCCUCUAGGUAAAGGUAAAAUGGAAGUGAAGUGUUUAAAGGGACAUUCAAGUAAUAUUCACGCGGUGUCAUUUUCCCCUUCUGCUUUACUGGUGAGUAAUGCAUGGAGCCUGUAUAAAUGGUUAAAAAACAGAUGCGCUUGUAUCUGGUGAUCCUAAAAUCAUCUCUAGCACAAACAAAAAAAUACCUUUUUCAUAUCAUAGCUUCAGGUUUGCAAUUACAGUUGAGUGAGAUUGGAUGAAGAAAUAAUUGUGACAGUUAUCGACAUGAUUGAAGUUAUUUCCAAAACUGGCUUGAAACAUUGAAUAACUGUUGACCAUAAAGCCCCGUGCAAACGGACGCAACAUUGUUGGGAGUUGUUGCGUCCCUUUUGCACGUAGCGAAAAGUUUGAUCGGUUUCAAACUUUGCGCAACAACUCCCAACAACACGCAACAACAUGCAACAGGGUGUGCAAACGGGCGCAACACGUAACAUCCAACAAAGUUUAGGGUUGUUGGCCAACAAUGUUGAGCCCGUUUGCAUAGGGCUUAAGGUACAUAAUCCUUUUGACUCAGCGGGCUCCUCUGUAGUGAGUUGAGGUAGAUAAUUCACUCAGUCUCACAUGAGCAAGAGUGCAUCGCGCUGUGAUGUGUGAAGCAUCAGAGCCGGUAAUGGGAUGUAUGUUUGCGGCCAUUGUUUUGGAAUAUGGUAACUCAAUCGUGUGAAGAAGUGUGUCUCGUUUGUGUCGGAUACUUAAAUGGCAGGACAUCAACUUUAUUCAUCAAAUUCUUCAAUAUAUCAAGACAAUUUUAAGUAUAAAUUUUCCAGGGCAUUUUUUGAGUAAUUUUGUUGUGACUGCAGGCGUCCGCCUCAUGGGACUGCACCGUUCGAAUUUGGCAGUCAGAAUUAGGAGACUUGUUACAUGUGCUGCAAGGACACACUGGCUGGGUUCAGGUACACUUACCCACUAUUACUGUUGACAUUCGGACUCGCUGGAUUUUAAAUUUCACUCUUAGUAAAAUUCCUGAAAGUUAUCUGUUGAUAUGACCAUCGCAGUUGUAUUUGGAAAUUAAGCACGGGGUUGUUGCUUUCGGGCUUAAUUUGCAGGAAUAAAUUGCGAUUACAACUUUGAUUCUUAUAUCUUCCUUUAGGUUUAUACUAAUCCCUGCAGUUCACAUCAUCUUCAUUCAAAUUUGUUUUAUCGCGUUCACGAUUUUCGUGAAUUAAGAUGAGCUCAACAAAUUAGCCUGUUUUCCAGCGUAUAGGUCUUUAUAGCUUAGUUGGUAGAGCACUGCAGCAACAACGCAGCGGCCUUGGGUUCCGGGAGGGACUUACCGUUUAUUUACAAUUGCUUAAUGGUUAAGCAAUUCCAGUUGUAGUCAUAGUUAUUGUGAUUACAAUAGCCUGCAGAAUGGGCGCUUUUUGCACGGGUUUCAGGGAAACACGAAGCAGACGGAGCACGAGACACGACGGAGAAAGGCACGGAAUAACGUCCCCCACUUCGGGCGUGUCUCGUGCCUCCCUGAAAAACGCGUAAAAAUAGCGCCUGUUCUGCAGCAGACUAUGAUUACAAGUGCGAUGAUCAUAUGUUCCUUUUAAAUUUGUAUUCCUGCCGUUCAUAUCAGCUUCAUUCUUUUUUUAUGUACGCCCAAUGUCCUUAUUGCAUUUCAUUCAUUUAUUUAUUUAUAUGCUAAUUAUUUUUUUAUAUUGUAUGCAUGUUUUUACAUUUGUAUUUCUUAUUUUCAUCUUUGACAGGCGUGUUCAUUUUCAGCUGACGGAAAGUUACUUGUUUCCGCUUCCGAUGAUCAAACGGUAGACAUGAAGCAUUUAAUGCUUUUUGCUUUUUAUUUUUUCACUUUUUUCGUGCUCAGUACUUCUUUUUAGUCCUUGCAUCCUGUUGGAACUACAGGGAACUACAGAUUUGAUUUGUACAUCAAUAAGUAUCACGCCAAGUGAAAAUUCUGUUUCUCUCCUUCUUUCCUCCUUAGCGCUGUUUUCAUUGAUCUUAAACGUUCCCAUGUAUUUUUUAGGUUCGUUUGUGGGACAUUGAAAAUGGAAAGUGCAUAAAAGAACUUGAGGUGAAUAGAAUGACUUUAGUACUUGUAAGCGAAUGGCUCAAUUUCGCACCAGCUUUGUCGAAGAUUUAUUAUCAUUUGUUCGACUUAAAUAUUGCACUGUGGAAGAAGUAGAGGACGUUGAUUUUGAUAUGUGACGUAUCCUAGUAAAAGAGUAGUCACGCACCAGUUUUUGAACUCACAAGUAUAUUCCGCCGUACACUGUAAACUUCUUACUGUACACUCUUGAACAAUGUCUAGACUCCAAGCAGAAAAACCUGGUAGCUUAUUCUGCUCCACCUUGAUGGUUCUUAGUGUUACUAUAAUACUGCGUGUUCGCAUAUAUACUUUAAAAAUGUCGUCAUGAGAGUUAAUUACCACUGCGUAGCGCUAUUUUAACAUGACCACGCUGUAACGCUAUUACUUUAGGCGGAAUGCAAAACAGACGUGAUAGAGCUUUUUUUCCGUAACUUUACAAUGAAGGGGCAUCUUACAUGACAUCCGUAGACAGUGCAGACUCUUUCAGUAUUUGCUGUCUUCCGGGUAAUCGCUUAAAGUAAGGACACUAAACAACUAGCCAACUAAGCGGUCUGAUGGGCUGUUCGCACGUGCCAUUCUAUUUGUCGCGCGAUACGAGAUGCGAAUUUCGUCAGAUAAAAUUGCCGGCCGGUUAGGAAGGCUGACUGACCUUGGUAGCAGAGCCUGUCUUCAGUUCACGUGCUCUAUUUUGGCUUCCGUGUCACUCAAGAAUAAACCAAACUGAGAAGACUGCUCGUAGGGUGCUAAGGAGCCUUUCUCUUCUCGUAACUGAUAUUUUCUCCAUUCUCCUUCUUUUACAGUGUGACACGGACGAGAUUCAUACCUGCUGCUUCACUCCUAAUGGCUCAAUAUUCGCUUCAGGGCCGGCGGAAGCCGAGACAAGCAUUUGUAUUUACUGA